AGACAUGUAUAUACCAGUAUAGAUCCACGUGUUUACCUGUGUGUUUACAUUCGUACCAAAGGAACCUUGUUUCAGGUUUAAAUUUCAUUGAAAAAUAGGACUAAAUACAGAUUGCAGGGUUAAAACAGGCUUACAACAGACACCGGAUAGGCCAUGGCGAGGGUUAAGGGCGUCCGAGUAAAGUUUAGCACUAUUGUUUGGUGCAUGUUUCUGGUGUUGUUCAUCUACACUGUCAUCUCAUUCACUACCAACCCAGACCAUCGUGCCGGGCCUCCCAACAAUGGGCUCUACUUUCCGCACAAGCCCAAAAAGGUGACAGCUGAGCCAGUCCCGCUCAACGUUAUAGAAGAUGUUGAUAAGGAGAUUAGACAUGUUGCGUUUCUUAAGGUUCACAAAACUGCUAGUUCUACAGCACAGAAUGUUUUUCUCCGAUUUGGUGAUGCUAGAAAUCUCACUUUUGUGCUCGCUCAUACAAAAGGUGAAUCAGGCUGGUUGAAUGUAAUUAGUUAUACAAACACAUUGACGACAUCAAAUGUUGUUCCUCCUCCGCGUGGACGCCAUUUUGACCUACUUUGCUGUCACGUGAUAUACAAUAGGAGGAGUUUUGAGGCUAUGCUACCGAAGGACACAUUUUAUGUCGGGAUUGUUCGUGAACCAGUCUCGCGUUUUCAAUCUGCCGUGAAGUACUUUAGUCCCAGAUUUAUCCUCAAGAUUCCUGGUGAGAACCCAUUGGAAACAUAUGCAAAGGACCCGGUUAAAUAUGAACCAAUAGAUCCAAAAACAUCGUUUACUAACAACCGGAUGGCACUUGAAUUCGGAUUUCCUAUGGCUUUGUUUCCAGGGAAAAGUUUAAAUGGGUCGAAAUUUGAAAUCAAGAAAUAUCUUGAGAAAUUAGACAAGGAAUUUAACUUUAUAAUUAUUUCUGAAAUGUUUGAAGAGUCAAUGGUUAUGAUGAAGCGUAUAUUAAACUGGGGCACGAAAGACAUUCUUUAUGUUGACAAAAAUGUUGCACAGGGGAAAUUGAAUACAAGAAAACUACUGCCGGGGAGUGCUAAGGAUUCCUUACAAAGAUUCUUAUAUUUAGAUACCGCUCUGUAUGAUUUUGCUGUUAAAAGGUUUAAAAGACAAGUUGCUAGUGAAGGAGACGACUUUAAUGAUGAAGUUGCUAGCUUUAAGACAAUACAAGCAUCUGUUAGACAAUUUUGCUCCAAAAAUAAUCCAGUGGCAUUAACAGUUAAAGAAACCAAGUGGAACAGUGACUUUACAGUAGCUAAGACAGACUGUAAAUUAUUCUUUAAACACGAAAAAGACUUGAUACAAAAGCAAAGACUUAGAAUGUAUGGUACCUUAGAUAAUUAGUAAUUGGAAUAAAAAGAAAUGAUUCUACUUUUUUGUGUAUGUAUAACUGUAUUUAUAUUGCCCAUGCGAGUUGAGUUUAUAUUUGUUGUUAAAUAUUGGAUUUUUGAAAAUAUUUGAAUAUGCAUUUGACAAAAAAGAGGAUUUAAUUAUUGAAAUAGUAAACUAUUUGA